UGCACAAAAAAUAUAAAGCUUUUUUCAACGGUGAUGAUACAUUUUUAACAUCAAAUCGACGUAUUAGAAUGACCAACGUGCCUGUAAUAAUCAGCAUUACCAUAGAAUAAAAAUAGACCAUAUUUCACAAUAUUAGACAAAUUGCAUUUAAUAACAAAUAUUUGUUGGGCACCAAAAUUAUGUAUCAGAACGGAACAGUUAACUAAGCUUGUCCAAAACGUCCCUAACGACUUGUAUUAAUGCAAUAUGAAAUAACGCCAGCAGAUGGCACUGAUUUUACAUGUGCACCAAAUAAAAGAGUGGACAUUACAGGCUGUACGACGCAUGAGGCGCAAAUUCAGUCUCACAAACUUUACUUCAGAUAAUAUUCUAAGGCAGUCUGACAACUGAACAAAUUAUAAAGCAGCUUAGACGUGUUCACUGGCAUUACAGUGUGUCUAAAAAGCAAAUUUGUGUCUAAAAAACGGUUUAUCGACACUUCAAGCGAAACACCGAAACUCCAAUAACUGUUGCAGAACUAGUCCUCAUCACCCCGCCCUGCACUCACAAACCGGUCGAAGCUGAAAAAUCUCCACAAACACCAGCACUGCUUCUUACAGGUGGAUGUGAAAGUUCAUUUCUGUUUUUACUCAUGUCUUCUACUAUGAUACACGGACAGUGAUUUAUCAGGAAACAGUUUGUCGUGAAUUCAUCUGAAGUGCAGUUUCAUCCACAAUCACAAUGGACCCAAGGAAGAAAAUGUGGUCCAAUCUCCGGGAGAGAGCAAAGCCUGUGCUAAAUCUGAAGAUUGGAAAGAAGAAGAAGAAAACCCCUCUGAAAUACCGGAGGAGCAUGUCAGUACCAGACCUCAGGUUUAACCCCCGCGCCAUGAUGGCUUUACAGGAUGAGUCCAGCACACCGAGUCAAGCCUCUGCCUUCUUUGAUAACACAGACGGUUUAGGUGACAUAGAUGAUACAGCUAGUGAAACCUCCAGUGUAGCAUUUUCGGAGCGUUUCAGUGUAGCUGACGUCCCAUACGUCUGCAGCCCAGCACCAUCAGAAAGAUCAGCUCCCGUCGACUUCCCAGUUUCAGCGGAAACCGAUAAACGUCAAAGAGCCACUACAUGGUACUUCGAGGAUUCGGAUUCGGUGACUGGAGUCACACCUUCAUCUGCAGAACUACAGAUGACAGCUGGUCAUGCUGAGAGGAGGCCAACAGAGUCUUCAGAUAAACUGGUGGCGGCCCUCGGCAGAGCUCGUGCUUUAGAUGACAUGUCUAUUUCAUCUGAGGAGAAAGCUUGGCAUACUGAACAUGAGCCAUCCUCUCCUUUGUCUAUGUUUGUUGUAGGAUCAGCUGAGUAUCUGGACACUCCUAAUGAAACCAGUGACUUUGAUGAUCUGUCAGAACAUGAACGAAAUAUCUCAGGAGGGUUAACAGAGAGUCAAAGUGCUGCAGGUCUACAGAAGCUCCAGUAUCUUCUCACCAUCAAUCUAAAGGAAGGCAGAAACCUGGUUGUCAGAGACCGUUCAGGUACAAGUGACCCAUUCGUCAAAUUCAAGUUAGAUGGCAAGCACAUCUACAAGAGCAAAGUUGUGAACAAGAACUUGAAUCCCACAUGGAAUGAAUCAUUUUCCUUGCCUGUCAGAGAUCUCGAUCAGACUCUUCAUCUCAAGGUGUAUGAUCGUGACCUAAGAUCCAAUGACUUCAUGGGAUCAAGCAGCUUUCCUCUCAGUAAACUGGAGCUGGACAGGAUGGUUCUGAUGACGCUGUCUCUGGAAGACCCCAACAGUGAGGAAAGCGAUAUGGGAGUGAUCAUUAUAGAGGCCUGUCUGUCCAUCCGAGAGGAACCGGCCAAACGAAAUAAGUGGCUCCUAAGAAGAAAGGGAUCCUUCAAUAAGGGUCAACCGAUAAGCCAGGCGCAGUUUGGGCGGUUCACAAAGAGUCAGGUUUGGUCAGGCGUUUACACUGUUAUCUUGGUGGAAGGACAGGACAUGCCAGACUGUGGACAAGGAGACGUUUACGUCCGCUUUAGACUUGGAGACCAGCGGGUCAGGAGCAAGAGUCUGUGUAUUAAGGCAAACCCGCAGUGGAGGGAGUCCUUCGACUUUAACCAGUUCCAGGAUGCGCAGGAAAAUCUGGUGGUGGAAGUUUGCUGCAAGAGGGGCAGGAAGUCAGAGGAGUGCUGGGGAGUACUAGAUAUUGACCUGAGCAGACUUCCUGUCAAUCAGAGACAGUUAUAUACUUAUGAGCUGGACCCACAGAAGGGAAAACUGCGGUUUUUGGUCACCCUGACCCCAUGUUCAGGUGCGUCCAUCUCAGACAUCCAGUCUGCUCCACUGGAUAACCCUAACACCUUCGAGAAGAUGCGUGAGCAAUAUAGACCGAUGAACAUUCUUGGAGACUUUAAAAAUGUCGGCUUUCUUCAAGUCAAGUUAAUAAGAGCCACAGAUCUUCCAUCAACAGAUAUAAGUGGUAAAAGUGACCCUUUUUGUACCCUUGAGCUGGGUAACAGCAAACUGCAAACUCACACCAUAUGUAAAACACUGAAUCCUGAAUGGAGAACAGCCCUGACUUUCCCCAUUAGGGACAUCCAUGACGUUUUGGUGCUCACAGUCUAUCAUGAAGAUGGAGAUAAAGCUCCAGACUUCCUGGGAAAAGUUGCCAUUCCUUUGUUGACUAUUUCUAAUGGCCAACAAAUAACCAGAAUGUUGAAGACUAAUAAUUUAUCAAGGGCAAACAAAGGCAGUAUCACACUUGAGCUGAAAGUCCUCUACAACCCUAUCAAAGCAGGAAUCAAAACCUUCCAGCCAAAAGAAACCAUGUUUGCGGAGGACAAUCCCAAGUUUAACAAAAAGCUUUUAGCACGUAAUAUCUAUCGAGUGAGGAAGAUCAGCAUGGCCAUUCUCUAUACGCUGCAGUAUAUUAAAAGCUGCUUCCACUGGGAGAACACGCAGAGGAGUAUUACAGCCUUCCUGAUAUUUGUGGUGGCAGUGUGGCUUUGGGAGCUGUUCAUGCUGCCUCUCUUUCUCCUCCUGCUCAUUGGCUGGAACUACUUCCACAUCACACCAGGCAUGGCCAGCUACAGUCAGGACUUGGAGCACAUGUCGGUGGCUGAGGACGAGGACGAGGAUGAAAAGGAAUCAGAGAAAAGAGGACUGAUGGAAAAAAUCCACAUGGUUCAAGAAAUUGUGCUUACAGUUCAGAGCACUUUAGAUGAAGUGGCUUGCAUUGGGGAAAGAGUGAAAAAUACAUUCAACUGGUCAGUCCCGUUCUUGUCAUUGUUGGCCUGCCUGGUGCUGCUUGUGGCGACUGUCGGCUUGUACUACAUCCCGCUGCGCUACAUAGUUUUACUGUGGGGUGUUAACAAAUUUACCAAGAAGCUUUUCAACCCAUAUGCCAUUGACAAUAAUGAAAUGCUGGAUUUCCUCAAGAGGGUGCCUUCUGAUGUUCAAAAGGUGCAGUACAGCGAGCUGAGAGCCGAGCUUGGCAACCAGGGCCCGGUGAAGAAGAAACGCGGGCGCUGAAACCUGACGGACAUGUCGGAUGAAAGGAACGGACAGCGUUUGGAGAGACAGUCUGUUUAAGUCAUAAUGCCCUGUGCGAGUUAAAGAGUAGUCCCCUUGUGCCAAGCCAUCCGCAUUUCCACUGAAAUGCAUUCAUCGGUACUGUGUGUGUGUGUGUGUGUGUGUGUGUGUGUGUGUGUGUGUGUACAAGUGUGUAAGCGUAGCCUCUCUUGACGGGCCCUUUGGCCCUCGCAAACUCACAGUGUCUCAACAUAUGAAGGUAAAGUCAGGCUUCACCAGCCUCUGCAUGUAAUCAUGCUGAAAUGCAAUGAAAUACCACACUGCCACGCACAUUCAUACAUCCUUUCAGAAACCACAGUCUGGUUCAUUUAGCAAAUGAAGAACUAAAUAUCUACAAAACAUACAGCGCAUAAAUGCUUCCUAUUGCGUAUUUCUACAGCAGGGAACAUUUAAAUGAGGGUACCAUUUUAUUAAACAAAUAUUAAGCUCUUUUUAAACGCCAUUUAACAUUUACAUGCAUAUAUAGCCCACUGUGAUGUAUGCAGUCUGUUUGGUUCAUGCAUCUUCCAUGUUUUGUAUAUUUAAGCUGCGGAUAAAGCUAAAAUCACUAAAA